AUGGGCUACCACAACCGCUCGGAGCUCCAAGACCUGGGCUGCUCCAGUCCGCUGCUCCUACAGCCCCUCUGGGACACCAUGAGGACCAGGGAGGCUUUCGCGCGCUCACCCUUUUUCCCGGUCAUCUUUUCCAUCAUCACUUAUGUGGGCUUCUGCCUGCCAUUCGUGGUGCUGGACGUCCUGUGUCCCUGGGUGCCCUUGCUACGACGCUACAAAAUCCACCCCGACUUCUCGCCGUCCGCGAGGCAGCUGCUGCCCUGCCUGGGACAGACGCUUUACCAGCAUCUGGUGUUCGUGUUCCCGGUGACGCUACUACACUGGGCGCGCAGCCCUGCACUCCUGCCACAGGAGGCUCCGGAGCUUUUGCAGCUCCUGAGUCACGUCCUGAUCUGCCUGCUGCUCUUCGACACCGAGAUCUUCGCUUGGCACCUGCUGCAUCAUAAGGUGCCCUGGCUGUACCGAGCCUUCCACAAGGUGCAUCACCAGAACGCGUCCUCCUUUGCGCUGGCCACGCAAUACAUGAGCAUCUGGGAGCUGUUUUCUCUGACCUUCUUCGACGUGCUGAACGUCGCGAUACUGCAAUGUCAUCCACUCACCAUCCUUACCUUUCACGUGGUUAACAUCUGGCUGUCAGUGGAGGACCACUCAGGCUACGACUUCCCGUGGUCCACUCACAGACUCGUACCCUUUGGCUGGUACGGAGGCGUGGCUCACCACGACCUGCAUCACUCUCAGUUUAACUGCAACUUUGCUCCGUACUUCACACACUGGGACAAAAUGCUGGGCACCCUGCGUUCCGCGGACUCCAGAGAGCUGUGCGCUUCACACUUGAACCAGGAAAAGAAACAGACUUGAGCUAUUUUUUUUUUAUUUUCAGAAGCAAGUAAUUUAUAAGCCGAUGAACUCUGUGAAAUUUGAUGUGUUUCUGCAAUCCGAAAAAGUAAUUUAUAUAAUGUUUGUGCAUCAGUUUAAUUGUAGUCUUGGUGUCAAAUUCCAACUCACUCCAAUGUCAUUGACUUUGGGACACAAGCUAGACAUUCAGCGUGGUCUAUAUGAAUCACUAUGAUCUCUAGAAUGACUUGUUUGUAGAAACAAAAAUCACACUGGAACUGGGCUAAACACACAUGUUGGUGCGUGCAAGACCUGAUUUCUGACUCUUUAAGUAUCAAACCUGUUCCUGCUGGGCAGUGACCAAGGUUAUAGCAUUUUUUUCUAUC